UUGGGCCUUUUCCCUUGCCGAUUCCACGUUUCUUUGCCUUCUCCUCUCGCUUCGUCCUACCUCAGACUGUCUGCCUGCGGUUACUGCUCCGUUGUUAUCACCCCAGCGCUCGCACUCGUUCAUUGGCAUUCGUUGUCGCACUUGGAGAUUGACCUAUACGAUUGUUGGCUCGGCGGAGGAUCAUAGCUCUCAGACACAGACCCCAGCACAUCUUCUGUCCAAUACACGUCCCCCUGGCUUUGUGUCAAAUUACCCUGCCGCACAACACGUACCCUCUACAAUCCGCUAUAACUCGACCAUCGAGUACGAUACCGCUUCCGCAUAAUCCAUACCACAACAACAACACCACCACCAGAACCGAACCACCGACCGAAUGGGCUUCAUGUGUUUCGGAAGUUCCAAGCAGGACGACCCGCAGGCGAGGAAGAAUGCCGACAUUGAGAAGCAGUUGAAGGUGGACCAGAAGAAGCAAGCGAAGGAGGUCAAGAUCCUGCUCUUGGGUGCGGGAGAGAGCGGCAAGUCCACAGUGCUCAAGCAGAUGCGCCUGAUCCACACAAAAGGCUUCUCACAGAGUGAACGCAGGCAAUGGAAGGUGACCAUCUUCAACAACCUGAUCCACGCCUUCCAAUGCAUUCAGGGCGCAAUGGAAGAGCACGAGGUCACCUUCGAGGACCCAAAGAACAUCAAGGCUAUGGAACUCGUUUGCUCAGAGCCAGAGAUUGGACAGGAUGACCCCAUGCCAUUGGACUGCAUGCACGCUUUCCAGAACUUGUGGGAUGAUGAUGGUGUACAGGGUGCCAUUGCAAAGGGCCAUGAGUAUGCGCUUCAUGACAACCUUGAAUACUACAUGAGCGACCUCAGCAGGCUGUUCGAGAAGAACUACGUUCCAGGAGAUCAGGACAUUCUGCGUGCGCGCCUUAGAACGACAGGUAUUAGCGAGACUGUCUUCGACACUGGUAACCUCACAUUCAAGAUGUUCGACGUCGGCGGUCAACGUUCGGAAAGAAAGAAGUGGAUCCACGUUUUCGACAACGUGCAGGUCGUGUUGUUCCUCGUGGCCAUCAGUGGAUUCGAUCAUGUUCUGGUCGAAGACAAGAAUGGAAACCAAAUGCACGAAGCGUUGAUGCUUUUCGAGUCCAUUGCCAACAGUCGCUACUUUGAGAAAUCUGGCCUGGUGCUGUUCCUCAACAAACUCGACCUCUUUACGGAAAAGGUCUCACAAGGACGAGGACGUAUUCGCGACCACUUCCCAGACUUCCAAGGCAGCAAUACAGAUGUGGCAGCUGGACAAAAGUUCUUUGCCGAUAAGUUCCGCAACCUGGUACGGGACCCUACCAAGGAGGUCUAUGUGCACGGUACUACAGCCACGGACACCAACCUGCUGGAAAAGACCAUGAAGAGCGUGCAGGACAUGAUCGUUCAACGCAACCUGCACUCAUUGAUGUUGUGAGUGGACGCUCUUUCGACUUGCUAUUCAAGAACACAAAAAGAAAAAAGAAAAACACCACACAAUUCCUGGAUCUUGCCUAUUGGACCAACCAGGUGGAUCCACUAUCCUUGAUUUUUCACUUCACGCACACUACCUCUACAUUCUGGUUCUCUUCUUCUACACAAACCACAGCCGAUUCUGAUUACGACAGUACCUGAGAACACAUCCAAGAGCACAGUUGCGAAGACGCUCGGUUGGAGAUCUGAUUUUAGGGACGGUCUGCUUUUUCUUAUUCACACGCUGCAUGUCGAGCGAUUGUUUAGGGAUAUCUCGACACAAGGGGUUGGAGUUUUCGGUGACUGUUUUUCUAUGGGAGGAUAUCCUUGUGCUUUGGGUUACCUUUUUGAGCUUUAUUUCGUUUCGACCACCGUCUUUUUCUAGCGAAGACAGAUUCAAGCGGUAUUUGAGCGCUGGCUAAGGCUAGAUUAAUUCGACGAAUUCUCUCUUCUC